CAUCUGCAAGCAGGGGGUUUGCGCACCAGGCAUGGGCAUGCCAGGGAGGAGAGGCGACCGUGUUCGGUCUGUCCCUUCCCAACUAGGAGUCAGAUGAAGGGGCUUUGGAGGGAUAGCAUUUCAGGCCCGUGGUGCGGAGGUUUCCUCACACACACUCAUAUGUGACAACUGAAGCUGAUCCCUGAGAUCCCACCACAGGGACUUCCUCCCUGUGCCUGUCAGAGCACAGACCCCUGGCCCCGGAACAUGAGAGAUGUCGCGACUGUUCCUCUGCUGGGUUUUCCAAAGCAAGUGAGGGGGCUCAGGGAGGAAAGGCUCUUUGAGCAGGGCCGGAAUCAGGGUGCAUGGGUUCAGGACUCCAUGUGGCCUUUAGUUGGCUGCUCCCUUGCCCUGAAGUUCCAGGAGGAGAAGGCCACCACUGCCCGUGGCAAGAACAGAGGAGGGAAACAGACUCGUUCCCUGAAGCGGCUCACAGGAAAGUGGGAUUGAAAUAUUAGGCUUUGCAGUUCCUUGUCCCUGAAGAGGACUUUCAGCCCCUGGGAGGGGGGAGGGGCCCCUUCUGCGCAUCCCCUGAGCACCAGCUUCCCUCAGGGGCCUCAAGUCCCUCCAGGGUCAGUAGGGGGUGGGCUCUGAGAAGACUGAAGGACCUGGGUUUGAGGCCUGGGGACAGGGCCCCGUGACCUGGGUGCUCCCUGCCUUUUUUCUCCAUCCUCAGCAAGAUGCCUCUGUGGACAUUCCUUUCUCCCUUCCCCGCUUCUGCCUAAAGGAAAAUGUAGAGUUUGGAGACCUCAACCCAACACCGAAGGGGAGGGCACUCAUAAUAAAAAUAUUAAUGUGUGUUCUUAAAAUAAUAAUGUGAUAAUACUACACUGUGCUUCGUGCAACUCCUUCUCAUCCGGUCUUACCAACCAUCCUGCAAAGGAGGCGCCCCGUCCUGUCUACAGAAGAGAAAAUGGAAGUGCUAAGGGCAGGCUGCUCUCGGCUUACCCUGCGGAAAGCCUGCAGGGGGGCCCUCUUCUAGAGGACGAUCGGGGCAGCUGGGGGAUGGAAUCGCACAGUGGGAGGGAAAUCUGGCCAGAAGUAGUUGAGGAGACUACCCCCACCCCCAACCCCACAGGCCACCAUCCCGGCCCUACUGCUUCCACCUCCCAGGAGACAGCCAGGUGUGGCCCAUGAUCCCAGGAGGUGCAGGGGGGAGGGCGGCGUCUGACUCUCAGGGCGCUGGCCCAGCCCAGAGGGGACAGGAAGCCAGGACACCGGGGAUUGUCUCUAGCAGCCGCAGCCCUGCCUCAGCCCGGGAGGAAGUUCUGCCGGGCGCUCUCCGCUGGUGCCUCCCUCGCUGUAUUGUUGAACAGGAAACCGGGCUGCGCGGGAGCUGGGCGGUGGAGGAGGGAGCGGCGGACGCCGAAACCACGCGCGCCUGCCGGGACAAGUGGAGACGAAGCCAGUGAGCGGACACCCCGAGCUCCUGCUCCCCGAGGUCUCCCCUGGCCUAGCCCUUGGAAGCCCCGCCCGAGGAGAUGGCAGGGGCCUAACCUGCAUCCAUCCGCUGGCUUUGCCCGUCCAGCCCAUGGGCCCACAGAGACCUGACCCGCCAACCCCACAGGGAAACGGCACGGCCGCGAUGGCGGCGGACGUCGAGGGGGACGUGUACGUGCUGGUGGAGCAUCCCUUCGAGUACAUGGGCAAGGAUGGGCGCCGCGUGGCCAUCCAGCCCAACGAGCGCUACCGGCUGCUGCGCCGCAGCACGGAGCACUGGUGGCACGUCCGGCGCGAGCCCGGAGGCCGCCCCUUCUACCUGCCCGCACAGUACGUGCGCGAGCUGCCGGCGCUCGGGGACCCCGCCACCGCCUCGCCUCCGCCCGCGCUCCGCCCGGGCCCCGCAGCCCCCGAACCGCUGGCCUACGACUACCGCUUCGUGAGCGCGCCGGCGCCCGCGGGCCCCGACGGCACGACCACCAAGCCCCGGGGCCGCGUGAGCUCCCUGUGCGGCUCCGCGCGGCGCGGCGCGGCGACCCCCCACAGCAGCCCGGCGCCGGGCCUGCCCACCUGCCUGUACACGCGGCCCGCGGCGCCCGUGAGGCCCGCGCAGUCCCUGGACGACCUGGCGCGCGCCGCCGUCGCGCCCCCUGCGGGUCUCCUCGGGAGCGCCGGCAGCUUCAAGGCCUGUAGCGUGGCAGGCUCCUGGGUGUGCCCGCGGCCCCUGGCGCGCAGCGACUCGGAGAAUGUCUACGAGGCCAUCCAGGAUGUGCGCGGCCCGCCGCGGGAGGAGCGCCCGCCGCAGGUGGACGACCCCCCGGAGCCCGUGUACGAGAACGUAGAGAGGCAGCCUUCGGUGUCUUCGCCGGGCGCCACCGCGGGCCCCCGCCCCCCGGUGUGGGAGACGCACACGGACGCGGGCAGCGGGCGCCCCUACUACUACAACCCAGACACGGGCGUGACCACCUGGGAGUCGCCCUUCGAGGCUGCAGAGGGCAUCUCCAGCCCGGCCACCUCCCCCGCCUCGGUGGGCAGCCGCGAGAGCCUCGAGACCGACUGGGGUCAGUACUGGGAUGAGGAGAGCCGCAGGGUGUUCUUCUACAACCCGCUGACGGGCGAGACCGUCUGGGAGGACGAGACCGAGGACGAGCCAGAGGACGAGCUGGAGAUGCAGCCGAGCCUCAGCCCGCUCUGCCCCAGGGACCAGAGGCCCCCUACCCCUGAGACGGAUUACCCCGAGUCGCUGACCAGUUACCCGGAGGAGGACUAUUCCCCCGUGGGCUCGUUCAGUGAGCCCCGGUCUGCCUCUCCUUUGGCCACGCCCCCCGGUUGGUCUCUCCGAGUGAACCCCGACGGGCAGACGCUCUACACCAACAACUUCACCCAGGAGCAGUGGGUGAGGUUGGAGGACCAAUACGGAAAGCCCUACUUCUACAACCCACAUGACGCCUCCGUUCAGUGGGAGCUGCCCCAGGUUCCAGUCCCUGCCCCUCGAAGCAUCCACAAAUCCAGCCAGGACAGUGAGACCCCAGCCCAGGCCAGCCCCCCUGAGGAGAAGACCAAGACUCUGGACAAGGCCGGGGUGCUCCAUCGCACCAAGACGGUGGACAAGGGAAAGCGGCUCCGGAAGAAGCACUGGAGUGCAUCCUGGACGGUGCUGGAGGGCGGCGUCCUGACAUUCUUCAAGGACUCAAAGGCCUCAGCUGCAGGCGGCCUGAGGCAGCCUCCCAAGCUCUCCACCCCUGAGUACACAGUGGAUCUCAGGGGGGCCUCCCUCUCCUGGGCCCCCAAGGACAAAUCUAGCAGAAAGAACGUGUUGGAGCUGCGGAGCCGAGAUGGCUCAGAGUACCUGAUCCAGCAUGACUCCGAGGCCAUCAUCAGCACCUGGCACAAGGCCAUUGGCGAGGGCAUCCAGGAGCUGUCUGCAGACCUGCCCCCGGAGGAGGAAAUCGAGAGCAGCAGCGCGGACUUCGGGUCCAGCGAGCGCCUGGGAAGCUUGCGGGAGGAGGAGGCGCGGGCAGGUGCAGGCGCAGUCAUCGCGGAGAGCGACCUCAGCAGGGUCCGGCAGAGGCUCCGCAAGUUCCUACUAAAGCGGCCGACGCUGCAGUCGCUGCGGGAGAAGGGCUACAUCAAAGACCAGGUGUUCGGUUGCGCGCUGGCCGCGCUGUGCGAGCGCGAAAGGAGCUCCGUGCCGCGCUUCGUGCAACAGUGCAUCCGCACCGUCGAGGCCCGGGGGCUGGACAUCGACGGCCUGUACCGCAUCAGUGGAAACCUGGCCACCAUCCAGAAGCUUCGCUACAAGGUGGACCACGAUGAGCGCCUGGACCUGGAUGACGGGCGCUGGGAGGACGUCCACGUGAUCACCGGAGCCCUGAAACUCUUCUUUCGAGAGCUGCCGGAGCCCCUCUUCCCCUUCUCGCACUUCCGCCAGUUCAUCGCUGCCAUCAAGCUGCAGGACCAGGCCCAGCGCAGCCGCUGUGUUCGGGACUUGGUGCGCUCGCUGCCCGCCCCCAACCACGACACGUUGCGGCUGCUCUUCCAGCACCUGUGCCGGGUGAUCGAGCACGGCGAUCAGAACCGCAUGUCGGUGCAGAGCGUGGCCAUAGUGUUCGGGCCCACGCUGCUGCGGCCGGAGACAGAGGAAACCAGCAUGCCCAUGACCAUGGUGUUCCAGAACCAGGUGGUGGAGCUCAUCCUGCAGCGAUGCUCAGACAUCUUCCAGCCGCACUGACGGCGGGCCCCUAUCCCCACCCCCGCAGCUGGUGCUGCGGACCCGGGACUGGGCACCCCGACACUGGUUCUGCCUUGGAAGCUGGACUGUUGGAGGCAGCUGGGCUGGACUCCUCUGUGAGACCCUCCGCCUCCCACCGGUGCACAGGCUGGAGUGAAAUCUGCAUCCCUUGGUGCAGUAUGGUGACCCCUGGUGGGCAGUUUGCAAAAUGUGAUUUCCCCCCCCCUCCACCCCCGUCCCUGGCCUGUCCUGUUUGGGGCUUACUUGGGUUCUGUUCUUUAUUACAGUGACACCUACUA